CUCUUACGGACAAGGGUGCUGCUUACCACCAAGUUGCAUAGAUACCGUUGUGCACCAAGAAAACAGUAUGAAUGUUAACAGAUAUUUCAGAGUUUUUAGACUAGUGACAAAUUACAGUCGGAAGACUUACGUGACAAACAUCCCAAGAUUUCAAACUGUGCGACUUAUUAAUUCAAAUAUCUAUUUUGGUACUGGACUUGCAUUUCUUUGGCCUUUAAAAAAAAGCAGCCCGACUGUAGCUGUCUCUGAAGAAAAGAAUACAUCUAUACAAACAGCAGACAACUUAUUUGAUGAUGGACAUUAUGAAGAAUGUUAUAAACUGCUUUUACAUGUACAAGAAGCUAAUGAAUCUGAUGUUGAAGUAGAAUGGCGCAUUUGUCGAGUGUUAUACAACAUGGCUAAAGAACCAAAAUAUGACAAAGCUACACAAAACAACUUUAUACUUGAAGCCUACAGUAUUAUAGCUUCACUUUUACAAAAUAACUGGGACCAUUACGCUGUUCAAAAGUGGUAUGCCUUGCUUCUGGACUCAAAAAGUUCAAAGGAAGGAAUGAAGGAAAGAAUAAGACAGUUGGAAAAUGUUAAGAAACAUAUGGAUUUGGCAGUUACCCUCAAUCCAAAUGAUGCAACAACCCUUUUCAUGCUUGGUGAAUGGUGCUACCAAGUUACCGAAUUGUCCUGGUAUCAAAGAAAAGUAGCUGAAGCUUUCUUUGCAUCUCCUCCUUAUUCAAGUUAUGAAGACGCUUUAGAAUACUUUUUAAGAGCUGAGGCAGUGCAACCAAGAUUUUACAGUCUCAAUUUAUUGAGACUUGGUAACUGUUACUUGAAAUUAAAAAAGGAAGAUCAAGCCAAAUAUUACCUCAGGUUAGCUGCCAGCUAUCCCGCAAAAUCUAAUGAUGACCAUAUGGCUAAUACAGAGGCUGCUGAACUCCUAAAAAAACUAAAAUGAUUAGUGAUUCAGCUGUAGCAGCCUUUGUAAUACAAUGAAUGGGUGCUGGUUAAUUAUUAAAAAAAACAGUGUUAUAUACAAUUUUAUGAAUUUA